AGAUGAGGCAACUCAGGCCCUGAGAGGUGACCUCAUGUCACAUACCAAGAUCACACAGCCGAGCAGUGUCCAAGGCAAAAUUCCAACCCAGGACUCCCUACUUUCAGUCCAGGUCUCCGUAGUUCCCACCUGUCAUCUGUGUGACCUGUUGGAAUAAAUGAGGAUUGUGGAAGAACGGUUUUAAGACUCAGAGGGACUUGAGUUAGGAUCCUGACUUUGCAGAUGAGGAAAUCGAUUGUCAAGGAUGUAAAUUCACUAUUUGAGGCCACAACAGGGCAUCAUGGUGGGAGGCUUGAAGAGGAAACACUCUGAUUUGGAAGAGGAGGAGGUGGAUGAGAAGUGGGACUGGAGUCCAGCAGGCCUCCGGAGCUACCAGCAAGCCCUGCUACGCAUCUCCCUCGACAAAGUCCAGCGUAGCCUGGGCCCCCGGGCCCCCAGCCUCCGCAGGCAUGUCCUGAUCCACAACACCCUCCAGCAGCUCCAGGCCGCACUUCGCCUGGCUCCUGCCCCUGCCCUGCCCCCUGAGCCCCUCUUUCUGGGCGAGGAGGAUUUCUCCCUGUCAGCCACCAUUGGCUCUAUCCUCAGGGAGCUGGAGACCUCCAUGGAUGAGACUGAGGCCCCUCAGAAUCUGGUGGCUCCCCCUGACCUCCAGAAUGAAGUGCCACCCCAGCCUGAUCCCAUCUUCCUAGAUGCCCUGAGCUCCCGGUACUUGGGGGACUCUGGCCUAGAUGACUUCUUUCUGGACAUUGACACAUCUACAGUGGAAAAGGAGCCCGCACUGGCCCCUCCAGAGCCUCCUCACAACCUCUUCUGUGCCCCAGGGUCCUGGGAGUGGAAUGAACUAGAUCACAUCAUGGAGAUCAUUCUGGGGUCCUAAAACUUGGAUGAGGGGAUCCUUCCUCGUGCCUCUUCGGUAGGCUGGAUCCGUGGGUGCAACUCUGUGUGUUUUGGUGGGGGCUGUAAACAAAGGACUGUGGCCUCCUCUCCUCCCAUUUCAGGGUUCCACAAACUGUCUUGCAUGUGUGUGUGUGUCUGGUUAGCCCAGCCUUCUGUGAAGGUGGGUCUUCCUGAAUUAAUUUAUCUGUUCCAAAUGCCUUAACGAGACUCUGUUUCUGGGAGUCUGAUUUCCCACUUACACAUUGCUUCUGCCUUCCCUCCGGUUCCCACUCCCCUUGUGACCACUGGGGCCUCAGGGAAGAUAAAGAAAGCCAGGCCUGUCCAAGGAUGACAGGGAUGUGCUGCCAGGUUGCUAUGGAAACUCAGCUUCUGUUUCUUGCACCUUGAGGGAGUGGGAGGGGCUGGUCUCCUCCCCGCAAGGCCGAACCCCACUUCCUAGGCAGGGCCCCAAUCUCAGCAGCCUCCUGCUUCAUAACCAGGCCGGACCACGUGCAAUAGAGUGGAAACCAAACUGCUCCGUGCCGCAUUAUUUAAAAGAAAGGCAGGGUUUGUGGUGGCUUUUUUUGUUCGUUUGUAUAUUUUUUUCUAAUAAAAGUAUUUUGAAAGGUA